CGAUAUAGCCAAUGUGAUUGGUGUCUGUUACGGUGAGACUCCGCCCCCCAUCGUCCUGAUUGGUCACGGUGUUGGCGGCGCGAUCGCAGUUUACACAGCUAGCAACAUGUUGCUAACCACCACUGUGGGACUGGUGGCUAUCGACGUGGUGGAAGGCAGCGCAACGGACGCUCUGCACAGCAUCCAGGACCUCCUGAAGGAAAGACCAAAGUCCUUCAAGUCCAUGGACCACGCUAUAGAGUGGAGCAUCAAAAGCGGGCAAAUCAAGAACCUGGAAUCUGCCAGAGUGUCGAUGGUUGGUCAGGUCAAAAGAUGUGAGGUGGAGGAAGCAGAAACUCUGGAGCAAACCAUCCCGGUGUCCGACGUCGUCAUGGAGCGAAACGAAGAGUUCUACGAUCAAAGCUACGUCGACGAAAAAGAAAAUGUCGCAUUGGAGGUGAACCUCAACGAAGGCCAGAGUGUGUAUGUGUGGCGUAUUAACCUGUCUAAGUCGGAGAAGUAUUGGGACGGCUGGUUCAGAGGAACGUCCAAUCUUUUCCUCGCCUUCAACCUUCCCAAACUGCUGCUGCUCGCCGGAAUCGACCGGCUGGACAGAGCUCUGACAAUCGGACAGAUGCAAGGUGAGCAGCUCAUUAAAACUCACGCAUUGAGAAACUUCAAGUUCUAA